GCAACUAUCGUCAAGACUCAAGACAUCAUGACCCUCAACGUGGCCUGUUUUUUUUCAUUCUUUCAAUGCACAAUUCUUAUCCAUUGAGAGACAUACCCCUCUCAAUUGCACGAUGGAUAUGCGUCAUGACUAUGGGACCUUGUAGGCUUGGUAUUAAAUGAGUGCGAGUCCUGCUAUCGAGUCCAAAUCACUGAUGCCCACAUCCCAGUACAUUUAUGUUGGACUAGUAACGCUUUGGGUGUAUGACUACAUACUGUGCCUGCCUGACGCGGUGACUUUUAUCGUAAAGUCCCGAUGGGGGCUCAGCACAUACCUGUAUCUAACUUGCAGCCACUUGCCACUUGUCUUCAUGUUUUUGAAUAUGCUCGUGGUUUUUCGGCCUGAUUCCCCACUUCAUCUUUGCCGCUCUUAUAAUAUCGCCAAUACCUAUGUAGGGAUACUGACGAUGUUUUGUGCAGAGUGCAUCUUCGCACUCAGAGCAUAUGCAGUAUGGGAACGGGAGAAAUGGUUUGCAGUGGUGGAGGUCGUUUUCACCAUUGCUUAUUUAGUGCCGAUCACCUACUGCCUGCAAGAAUUUAACUUGUCAGUUCCAGAACCCUGCUAUAUCCCUGGCAUUACUGGAUAUCUGGAUAAGGAGACAAGCUCCAAAAUAUAUAUAGCAUUUGGCUUGCUGGCUAUCGCCGAGUUUCAAACAUUGUUGCUUCUGCUGUAUCGCGUCGUCCGAGGCCAUGGUAGCUUGGGGAUCGGCAACCGUCUCAUGCGUGGUCUCCUACAAGAUAAUCUACUGUACUGCGGUUGCGGCUUUGCCUUUUCUCUCAGCGUCAUUCUUGCUACAUUUUUUCUUCCGUUCCCAAUUGCACACCUGCUUGCAGAGUUUGUCCAUUCUCAGUUCGGAGGAGGUGAUGAUUCUUAUUCGGCACAGGUCUCAGGUUGUUUUUCAGGCCCUCAUGGUCACGCGAAUGCACAGGGAUUUCUGGAGAUCGGACCGUGAUUUUUGCGGCAUUGCCACAGAUGCCACUCUCACAGCGUGGAUGACAGGAACUCCAGAUUUAACGUGGCGGUAUUCUCCCUCCGCAUGAUUGUGCAGCUGGC